AUGAUAAAGAAGUUCCCCACACCGGUGCUGAAGCCAUACUGGCCGUUCUUCGCUGGCGGACUGAUAGUGUACUACGGCAUGUCCAAGUUCACAAACGUCAUGCUCAACUCGGACGAGUUCGUUAACGACCCUAGAAACCCACGGUUUGCAAGAGGUGAGAAACCCGUUGAAAAACACUGA